AUGGAGAACACUUCACCCAAGAAGAGUUUAAAGAAGAAACGGAAGACCCACACGACUAGGAGCUACCGGAAAAGGGAGCAGGAGGUGCAAAAGCUGCUGAAGGAAACGGAGGAAACCACUCCUAGUGAGGAACUGGACUUUGAGGCACUUGGCCUGCAGUUCUUCCAUGGAAACGAGGGUGAGGUGGCGCAGGAAAAGGACUCCCCGGUGCAGCAAAGCGUUGGCCAGGAGAGCGAUGAGGAUUCUGGCGGGGAACUGCCCACGGAAUCUCCCUCCCGAACAUUUAUACAAAUCGAUCUAGAGGAUCCACCGGUGGUCUGGAAUCAGCUCUUCAAGCAGCGCCACUUCUACGAUGAGAGUUUACUCUAUCGACCCAGUAACACGCUGCACUUUCAGUUGCAAUUGGGUGAAAAUCAGAUGAAGAAUGCCCAGAUCCGCCUGCUGAAUCGCUACCAGGAGCAGGCCAAAAGCGAGUCCACCAAACUGAGCUCCGAACUGAUGGCCCAGCUAAGUGGGGCUUCACCUCCUAACUUUCUGCUGAAUGACCAACUCUAUCGCAGUGUCUGCCGAAAGGAGUUCCAGAGCGUGUUCUUCACCCCCAAGUUUCCAGAUGAAUUCCAGGGAUUGCCCACCAGACGCUGCUUGAAGCUCAGCCUGAAGCAACUCCGUUUCAGCCAGCAUCCGCAGCUCCUAGAGGAGCACCGAAUGGCGCAGCAAUUGGAGGAUCUCUACGAUGUCUACCGACAGCAGAAGAAACUAAAGAUCUGCAGGAAACUGAGGGAGGAACUGGAGAUUGCCCGACAGGUGGCCCUCAAGCUGCUCGCCUCAGCUGGCCAGGAUCAGACGGCGGAGGUGAAGCGGCAAUUGAAGCUCACCAGGCAGCUAAGGCAACGAUAUUACUCCGAAUCGGCUGCCCAGCGUAAUCUCCUCCAGCGCCUGCUGAGGGAGUGGGCCAAGCUGAAGGAGCUGCGGCGGCAGCAGCGCUUCCAGUGCACCCGCUUCCAGCUGGGUCUCCGGGUCAUACAUCCUCCCGAUCUGGAGGCCUCCUAUUUCGCCUGGAAGGAGAGCUUCGAAACGGAUCUAGUUGAGGUCUAUCGCGAGCAUCUGGAGAUCUUUUACACCCGCCUGCGUCUGUGGACCGAGCAGAACUCGAGGAGCCGCAAGUCUCCUGGCCACUCGAAGCCUCCAAGAAAGCCCCAAUUCGAUCGGGUGAUGGCCAGCCUGAGGAAGGAUUACGACAAGGCCUUCCAGGACCCCGAGGAACCUUUUGUGGAGGUCUUCCGCCUGCAUGCGGACGAAGCCGCCGCCAGGUUGUCUAUUCCCGGCGAGGAUCAGCUGCCCAAGGCGCGCAACUACUUCCUCAAGAUCUUCCUGGACGGCCAGUUUGUGGGCCAGAGCAGGAGCUAUCGCCUGGAGCCGGAUCUCCUCAUUUCCAUCAACGAGUGCAUUGGAGUGCUGCUGGAGAGGACGCUGCCGGAGAAUCUGAACAUAUGGCUCUAUGAGAAAUCCACCUUGACGCCAAAGAGUCGCCGUUUGGCCCAGAUGAGCACGCCGCUGCUGUUGAGCUCCAAGGAGGAUGCAAUGCAGGAGAAGCUCAGUUUCCAGACCUCCUCCUCCUCCAGCCAGUUGGCAGGUGAUGUUUAUCUGUGCUACGAGUACCGAAGCACCGAGGGAAGGGGAGGUGCCCUCCACCUGGACGAUGUGCAAAGACUACCGGAUGCACUGCGUCAGACUUUGGUGCCGCCGAGACUGCCCGCUCUGCCGAAGGCUUCCAAGGAGCUGGUGACUCCUAGACCGCCGAGUGGAAGGACCAAAAAGAGCCUACUGCCUCCGCUGAUCUUCGCGGAACAGCAGCUGCAAUUCUGUGGCAUUGAGGUGCUUCUGGAGAGCCGCCGCUUCCAGUUACUCCACUCCCGCCAUCAGCAGCGCAAUCUGCACACCAAGCAGCUGCGCUUUGUGCCUGCUUUGGAGCAGGAGAUCUCGGAGGAGGAGCCGCUGCCAGAUGGCCGAGGAGCCGUGCAGCUCCUGGAACCGGGCACCUACUGGAACCCCAUCGAUCUGCACAAGCAUCGCGGGCGGAAGUUCCUCCAGCUGCUGUACGAGGUGAUCAGCAGCCAGAGUGCCAGGAGGGCCAAGGCCCUGCAGACGCCUCUGCCGCUGCUGCUCCUGGCCGAGGAUGCGGAUCACUCAGCGGCCACCGGUUGGACGGCUCUUUGGCGGGCCAUCUGCUCCGUUUUCCAGGCACAACCAGCCACCCUGCCCAGGGAACCACCCGCUUGGUCGGGCCACCAAUCCGGACCCGAUCUCUUCAAGCACUUCUGCGUCUCUUUGCAUGUGGUCAGGGCCACGGGAGUGCCGGUGCGCAGUCGCCACAUCCUCAAUCUCAACGAGCGGCGCACCAGCGCUGGAGGCGAUAUGGGCACCAGUUUGUUUGUCACGCAGACUCUGAUGUACUCCAAUGUGCGACCCUUUGUGACCCUGAGCUAUGGCCAGCGUUUGUGCCGGAGUCGCACCGCCGAGGGCAGCAAUCCCACGUGGAACGAGCAACUGCAGCUGCAGAUCAACAGCCAGUUUGGUGAUCUUCGCGAGGAUCUCAAGAUCAGUUUGUUCGACGAACUAAUAGAGCAGCAGUACAGCGAUGAGGCCUCUGAUGUCUAUCAGCGGGUGCAGUGCAACUGGUUGGGGGAGUUCCGGGUGCCCAUCAAUAGUCUGCUGGCCAGUCGAAAGUUUGAAGGAUGUAUUGAGUUAACCAUGCCCAAAGUCUUGGUGGGCUAUAAGAGACCUCUGAUAGACUCGGUGACCAACAUGUCCACGGAUCAGUAUCCCGAGUUCAAGGAGGCAGUGCAUCUGUGGUUCUACCUGAGCAUCGAGCCCAGUGGCGGCGACCUGUUGCCCCUGCAAUCGAGUGCCUUGGCCUGUGCCGAAAUGCCGGAGAUUCAGCAAUAUUUAGGUGAGAGGCGCUUGGAGCUGCUGCAACUGUUGCCGCAACCUCAGCGGUAUGUGGAACCUCUGGUAUGCACGGCUCAGGGGAAGAGGGUGUGCCUCACCAGGCUCCUGGAUGCAGUGCCUCUGCCGCCGUCGGUGGCCUCGGGGGAGAGUCCCCUGGAGAGCUCCUGUCGCUUUGUUUCGCUGCUUAGCCAGUACCGCAGCUAUGAUCCCUGCCAGGGAUUCCGAGGCGUUUGGCUGGACAAUCAGGCUUUGCUCGACAGCACUUGGUGUUCGGUCAAGGAUCUGGGAGUGCUGCUGUGUAACUACUUACUAUCCUUGGGCCUGGAAUGCUGGCUGAUCCUUGGGGUGGCCUGUCCCCAUGGCGAGUGCUCCUUUGUGCUCUUCCGCCAGCCGGAAACUGCCGAGCUUUUCCUUGUCUGCCCUUCGAAUGGCAAGAGAUAUCAACUGCAGGAUGUUCACUGUCCUUUAAGAAGAAUAUUUUGUGUGGUGGGAAAACAGAAUAUAUUUUUCAAUAUUCAGUCAGAAACCCGUGUCAGCAUGACCAAUUUCAAUCUCAGCGAUGGCGCCUGCUGGUUUCCACUCUUCAGCCGACGAGUUCCUGCCCCCCAGAGUGGCGUCCAAAAGUUGGACUACCUGUACAAGAGGAACUACGAACUCAGUCAGCUGCAGAAGCACAUCGAGCGGAAGGUCAUGAAGAAGAUUAGUGCCUGGCGCACCACCAGGAAAACCAUCUGGAAUCGAGCCUUUCAACCGCGUCUCCAGAAAAUCCUCUGCGAUAUGGAAAACCUAUCCACCUUCUCCAGAGGUCGAUAUGAUGAGCCUAUUUACAGCGAGCAACUGGAAAGGGAAUUUCCCAACUACAGACUCUACGGCUUCACCCUCAACUUUGCGUACACCAAUCUGGCGGCGAUAUCGGAGCGCAUCCGGACCACCUGCAUCCACUACAACCACGACGCUUCGGUGGAGUUCUGCGUGGCGGUCCAUCUACAUGCCCACGCCAACGACGUGCUCUCCGUUUGGCUUUUCCUGCUCUCCAUGGUGCCACUGGUGGUGUGAUGAUUCACCAGUGAACUCAUCGAAAUGCCAGAGGCAAUCCCCCAUUUCCAUGAGGGAUUCGAUUCGAACUCGUAAUCGCUAU